AUGACUGGUCCCCGUUUGCUGAACAAGGUUGCAAUCGUGACGGGUUCCUCCCAAGGUAUUGGUCGGGAAAUAUGCAACCAGUUCCACGAAGAAGGGGCGUUGCUCGUAUGCUCCGACUUACGCCCUCUUGGCCAAGGCGAAGACGUUGCUACUCACGAAUCCAUCGUCAAGAAAGGUGGCAAAGCUAUCUUCGUACAAACUGAUGUUAGCAAAGCGGAAGACUGGGUUGCUUUAAUUUCCAAAACGGUCGAAGAGUAUGGACGAUUGGAUAUCCUGGUAAAUAACGCGGGAAUAUGCACAGAAGCAGACAACCCUCAACCUAUUGAUGAAGUCGAUGAGGACGCCUUCGACACACACCUAAGGGUCAACACCCGUGGCGUUUUUCUCGGCUGCAAGUAUGCUGUGCGCCAGUUCAAGAAACAAAAACUUCACCCAUCUGGCGUUCGUGGAUGGAUUGUGAACUUCGCCUCUAUGGUUGCAAACAUCGGCAUGGCAGGCCUUUCUGGUUACACGGCUUCGAAGGGGGCUGUUGCGGCGCUCACGAAAACUGUCGCUCUCGACGUCGCGAAGCAGGGCAUCGUCGCCAACUCCAUCUGCCCAGGGUCGAUGCUGGACAAUGCGCUUGGUGGCGCACUCUCUUCUGCGCGGGACGCCGUCCUUGCGGCUUUGCCACGGGGUCGAUUUGGCGAGACAAAAGACCAUGCACGAGCCGCUGUCUACCUGGCUAGCGACGACGCGGCAUGGGUGACAGGUAUCAACCUGAACGUGGAUGGCGGCUUGACCGCCCAAUAG